AAUAGAAUAGAAAUAGAAGGGACCUUGGAGGUCUUCUAGUCCAACCUCUUGCUCAGCCAUUUCAGAGAAGUGACUGUCCAAUCUCUUCUUAAAAACCUCCAGGGGUGAAGCACCCACAACUUCUGAAGGCAAUUGGUUCCACUGGUUAAUUGUCCUCACAGUUAGGAAGUUUCUCCCCAAUUCCAGGUGGCUUCUCUCCUUGAUUAGUUUCCAUCCAUUGUUUCUUGUCUUGCCUUCUGGGGCUUUGGUAAAUAAGUUGAUCCCCCUCUUCUUUGUGGCAGCCCCUCAAAUACUGGAAUAUUGCUAUCAUCAUCAUCAUCACCCAUACCUUAUUAAAUCUGUAUUAAAAAUGGCAUUGUCCUUCUGAAAUAGUUAGCCUGGUGAACAGAUAGCCAUGUGGUUUGAAGGACCAUUAUAUUAUGCCUUUUGUUUUUUUACAAAUCCUUUUUGGAAACAUUUCUACCAAAUAAAGAUUAUCACACCCACUUUCUUAGACCCCAUUUUCUAGGCUGCAUACUUUUUCUCUCUGUGUGAUCUAAUGGAGACUUCCAUGCAGGCCAAUUUACAGAAGAAAAUGGCAUUUAGCACUUAGCAGAUAUACAAUUUCCUCCUUCAGGAAUGAACAUGGCAUGCUGGGUGCUCAUGGAUGCAGCCCUGGCCAGCAGGAAUGAAACUGGCUCCCCUGGAGACUCUCACCUGAUGGUGUUGCCAUGUCCUAAAUCCUUGAGAGCCACAUUAAAUACGUCAUAAAGAUUUGGGAUGUAGAGAGGCUUUGAUCUCCACUGAGACACACCACCAAAAAACGUAUUGUGUAACUCUGUAAAAAAAAGUCAUUAACUUUUAGGGCUGAGCACAUAGUUAAUCUUCACAAGCUUAACUAGCAUCACAUUUCACUCUUUCACUUGGCUCAGUUGCAAAGGUCUGUUGGUAGAAGUCAAAAACGACUUGAUAGCUUUAAUCAGUAUAAACAUCUUGCAGACCCCUUAGGUAGAGAUAAGCGUUUCCUAUCUGGAGAUGGAAGUCAAGGGGGCCAGAUCGGUGCCUAGAAAGCAGGCAAUACAUUAGGCGGGCUCUGUGCUUGAUUUUAGAGAGUUAAAACCAUCAAGUACUUCAUUGCUCAUUCUAGGAUGAGAAGAGCCAGGAAACAGAGUAACUUCCUCUUCCGGAUGGUUCAUGGGAGGAAGUUUGAGUGCAGAGCGGCUUUUCUGCUCUUCCAAGGAUCGAAGCAGCAGCUGGCAGGUUUCAACUGUAGUUUACCCUCCUGAAUAAAGAGGAGCUCUUUAUAGACAAAGAGGAUGGCAAUAAGAGCACUCGGGACAACUGUAAAUAACAAACACUGUUGAAAAGGGAAGAAAAUCAAGCCAAAAAUCAAAUAUUUUCCAUUUCCUUCAGAAAACUACACAAUUCUCCUCUUCCAACAGCUGUUAGACAAAAGAGAGAAAAUCAAAAAAGAAUAAGCAGAUUAUGCAGAACUGAAGGAUACAUUACAUGAAAAGUGAAGGGAGAUUAUUUAUCAUUCAGCAAAAGAGGGAAAUAUCUGGAGGUCAGUGGGGAGGAAAAGGUCAAUAAUAAAGUCACGUAGAGCAGUCAGUAAUUCAAGCCUCUCCCUGUGAGGAAGAAAACGGCUUGAAUGAAAGCACCACUAAACAAGGCAUUGUCCAUAUUUUAUCACCUCAAGAAUAUCAUCUGUGGAAAAGCUCCAUAGAUUUGUCUAUUGUGGGAAAAGCACAGAUUGCAAGUCGCAGCUGAUGAUGCACAAGAGGAGCCAGAGGAGAAAAAAACCAUACAAAUUACCUGAAUGUGGCAAAAGCUUUGGUCACAACAGCUCCCUUGUGGUUCAUGGAAGCAUCCAGAAGCAAGAGGGAAGCCACAAAAGUGCUCCCAAUGCAGUAAAUGCUUUAGUGAGCACGGCAACAUGGUGCUACAUCAGAUGACUCACAGGAGGGAGAAAACGUAUGACUGUGCAGAUUGUGUGAAAGUUUCAUUAGAAAUUCCCAGGUCAUGAGACAUUAAAGGACGCACACACAGAAUAAAAACCAUUUGAACAUCCUUUCUUUGGGAAAAGUUUCAGUGAGAAUUCCAUCCUGGUGAAGCACCCGAGGACUCACACAGAAGAGAAAAACUUUGAAUGUCCCAAUCCUGGAAAAAGUCAGUCACAAUUUAAGUCUGGUGACGCAUCAGUAGAUUGACUCCAGGGAGAAACUAUAUGACUGUCUAGUUCAGUGGUUCUCAACCUUUAUAAUGCUGCGACCCCUUUAAUACAAUUCCCCACGAUGUGGCGACCCCAACCAUAAAAUUAUUUUCAUUUUGAAUUUAUCGCUCCUGAAGCCGUAUUGGCUAGCGAUCUGAACUGCUUGCAAUUGCCUUGAGGAUGGAGGCAUUGAAGUGGAGACUCCUCCCCUAUUAAGUUUAUCGCACCUGAAACCAGAUUAGGCUAGCGAUUGGGAGUGAUUGCAGCUGGCUUGAGAGGGAGACAUCAGAGCGAAGAUUUCUCUCUUUUUUAAUUCAUCGCACCUGAAACCGAAUUUGGCUAGCGAUUUGAAAAGCCUGCAGCUGGCUUGUGGAGUCAACCAUUGGAGCGCGAUUCUUCGACUCGCAAGUAUACUUCCCAUAUUUCCAAUGGUCUUAAGCGACCCCUGGCAAAUCGUCAUUCAACCCCCAAUGGGGUUGCGACCCACAGGUUGAGAACCACUGGUCUAGUUAGUGGGGAAAGCUUCAUUACAAAUUUCCAUCUCACACCACCAGAGAACUCAUACAGAGAAAACCUUUGAAUGUCCUGAUUAUGGGAAAGUCAAAAUUCCAGCCUGGUGAUAUGCCAGAAGACUCACAUAGGGGAGAAAUGUUUUGAAUGUCCUGAUUGUUGGAAAAAUUUCAGUUAUAAUUCCAACUUGGUGAUAGACCAGAGGAAUCAUAAAGGAGAAAAACCCGUUCAAUAUACUGACUGUGGGAGAAGUUCUAGUUGUAAUUCCCACCUGGCAAUACAUCAGAGGAUUCAUUCCAUGGAGAAAUCUUAUGAAUGUCGAGAUUGUGGGAAAGCUUUCAUUAGAAAUUCGCACCUCCUGAGACACAAGAUCACGCACACAAGAGAGAAACCGUUUGAAUGUCCUAUCUGUGGGAAAUGUUACAGUCAGAAUUCCCACCUCGUGAUACACCAGAGGACUCACACUGGAGAGAAACCCUUUGAAUGUCCUGAUUGUGGGAAAAGUUUUAGUCAGAGUUCCCACCUCGUGAUACACCAGAGGACUCACACGGGAGAGAAGCCCUUUGAAUGUCCUAUCUGUGGGAAAAGUUUUAGUGAAAAUUCCAGCCUGGUGAAACACCAGAGGACUCACACAGGAGAAAAACCCUUUGAAUGCCCUAUCUGUGGGAAAAGCUUUGGUGAUAAUUCCAACCUGUUGAGACACCAGAGGACUCACACAGGAGAGAAACCCUUUGAAUGUCCUGACUGUGGGAAAUGUUACAGUCAUAAUUCCAGCCUGGUGAGACACCAGAGGACUCACACAGGAGAGAAACCCUUUGAAUGUCCUAUCUGUGGGAAAAGCUUUAGCGAUAAUUCCAAUCUGCUGACACAUCAGAGGACUCACACAGGAGAAAAACCCUUUGAAUGUCCAGACUGUGGAAAAGGUUUUAGUCAGAAUUGCCACCUGGUGACACACCAGAGGACUCACACAGGAGAGAAACCCUUUGAAUGUCCUAUCUGUGGGAAAUGCUUUGGUGAUAAUUCCAACCUGGUGAUACACCAGAGGACUCACACAGGAGAGAAACCCUUUGAAUGUCCUAUCUGUGGAAAAUGUUUUAGUGAUAAUUCCAACCUGGUGAGACACCAGAGAUCUCACACUGUGGAGAAAUGUUUGAAAUGUCCAGUCUGUGGACAUUACUUCAAGCAUAAAUCAUCCCUUAUUGCACACAAAAUAAUCCAUAUGAGGAAUAGUAGAUGAGUUUACAGAAUGCUUGAAUUUCAUGUGUGAUCUCUCAUUGAAAGUAUAGGUGAGAAAUUGAUUGUUUGAAUUUUGUCCUGAUUCAUUUUACUGAAACGUUUCUCAGGAUUAAAUGUGUAGGUGGAGAGAAAAGGAAAAUGGAAAUGGCUAAUUACCAUUUUCAGUGGGCCCUGGAUUCAUCCCUGUUGUGAACUGUGGUAAUGGCCCAAGGCACCACACGGCGUCCUGCUGCAAGGAUAAUAUACACAGAUAUGGCUCACAUUCUUCUCUGCCUUCUCAGAAGGGAAGAAAGAGUGAAAGAAAAUGCACUUAGAGGAAUUUAGCCAAAAGGAAAAGGAUAGCUGAUGGUAGCUUUUUAAAACAUUAUUUGGUCAAAAAAAUAUCUUCCAGAAGUUAAAAGUGUUUUAAUCAGCUGAGAAACAGUUUGGACACAGCUUGCAUGGGCUGCGCGACAAGCUAUGUUGUGUUUGGCUGUGAGUGGCUGCAGAAGAAGUCAGGCGGUGGUGCAACAGGUGUCAGGCCGUGGGUGGCCUGGCAACGAUGGUCCUAAGGCAAAAGAAUGCCAAAGAGAGCACUGUGGAGAACUGAAUCACAAACAGCAUUAAAAGGCAAAGGAAACCAAGGCAGCAAUCAAAAUCUUGUUAGUUCCUCCGGAAAUCCCCAAAAUUCUUCUUCUUCCCCAACAGCUUACAGACAAGGAGGACAAAACCAGGAAAAAAGUUUUGAGCUGGACAAAAAAAAUAGAGUAUCUGGAAGAAACGUAUCAAAAUAUCAAGGGGCAUAAUUUCCUAAUUCAGAAAAAGAGGGAAAUAGCUGGAAGUCAGUGGGAAGGAAAUGAUCACUUGGACAGCCAGAUAAGGCAGACCAUAAUGCAGGCCUUGCCCUGUGAGGAAGAAAGCCAUAACUUGAAUCAAUGCUCCAUCCAAGAAGGGAUUGAGAGUAUUUUUGAUAUCCUUGAGAAUCCAAGAAUGUCAGUGGUAGAAAAGAACCACAGAUCUGCCUAUUGUGGGAAAAGCAAAGAUUAUAGAAUACAGCUGAUUAUGCCAAAGAGGAUCCACACUGGGAGUCAUUGGCGUAUCAAUUCUUCGGACUUCUGUCUGGAGGAAGGGAGAAUUAUCAAGAAUGUUUGUACUACCUGUCUUGUAGGAGUAGCUGCGCACCCACUAUUCAAAGACACUCGGAGGUUAUUUUUUUAUUUUUAUUUGAAUUUAUAUCCCGCCCUUCUCCGAAGACUCAGGGCGGCUUACAUUGUUAUCCCCUUCACCUACCUCCACAUAAAGCAGGAGUCCUGAAACUUUUUAAACGGGGUCAAUUCACGGUCCUUCAGACUGUUGGGGGCUGGACCAGCUGGGUGGGCAUGGCUUCUUGUCAUGUGACCGGGUGGGUGUGGCCAAUUUAGCAGUCCAUUAAACAAUA